AUGUCCUUUCGGGAUAGCAAGACAGGGUUCCUGGGACCAACUUCGUACAACGCCGUCUUCACAGAAAACCUUGGAAGCCUGAACGUCAUCACCGAGCCGCACGAUUCGGAAGAUGCGCAGAGUCUGCCGCCCGUCCCAGCGGAGAAGAUCCAGCAAGGCGCCGAGGUGCUGAGCAUGCUACGAGACAUUCCAAUAUAUCAGCGAUUCACUCAGCGCUGGUAUGACAUCUGCGACGGUAUCAUGGUUAUGCAGCCUGCCUACCGGAUUUGGAUAGACGAGAUGUGGUCCGAGUUUGGGAGAUUGCUACAAGAUGGAAAUCCCGAACAGCUUCGCAGCUUAUCGGAGCUUGUUUGGCGCAACACCAGGAGGCCGAUGAAGGUCCACGGCAAGAUGUCCGCGGAAGAAUGGGCAAGAUCGGCUUCCGGGCGCAACCUACGUUGGGAGGUUGUCGGUGUCAUCCUUUCGCUGGUUGGCAUUAUUGCCGUCAAUCUUUCCUGCUGGGAUACCAUCUUCGAUUCGAUCCCGGAGAAGUUCGUUGAUCGUGAGACGUUCGCCGAAAGAAUGCGGAAGGCAUCGGAGUUCUGUUUAUGUUUCUGCUACGAGGCGGAGGUGCUGAACGAUAUUUAUGUCUGCUUUAUGUAUGAGGAGCUGAUAUUGUUGGAGUGCGUGAAGGGCGAGGCACAUUAUGUGUCUUGGCAGCGAACAGGAGAAGUGAUAGAUGCUAUUGUCGCCUUGGGCUUCCAUCAAGGCAAUCCUGUGGACGCUGAGACGCCCUUCUUUCUCGCAGAACUUCGAAAGAAGAUUUUCAUCUCUGCCUACGGCAGGGACAAACAAGUCGCCUCUUUUCUGGGCCGUCCGCCUCGGCUAUCCUACAGAUACUGCAAGAUGGACAUGCCGCUUGACCUUUCCGACGAGCAGUUGUUCCUCGAGGGACCUGAGCUGACCGCUGUCCUGCUUAGUCUCGACACAUGGGGCUGGAACACAAGCGGCAACCUGCACCGGACGACCUGGCAACGUGUGUGGUUCCAGCACUGUCGGGUCCGUGAAGACAUUCUCGAGAUAGCUCUUGGCUCCGGUGACGACGACGACAUCAUGCCGCAGGUCGAACAAAUACGUCUCAGACUCGAGCAAAUCAGCAACAGUUUCCCGGACUUCAUGCGGCUUCAGCCAGAAGACUUCUUCAACGAGAACAAGAACAUGCUGAUGAUGUCGCACAAGUCCAAUCAGACGGAACAGUCGAUGCGGCAGACGAAUGCCAUAUUCAUGCUCUGCAUUUACGCCGGAAUUGCGCACACGGACUUUCUCUUGCUCAGAGCUCUGGUGAACCGGAAACGGAGGGAGACCAAAGAUCUCAUGCCAAUAUCGAGGAGGUUGUUGCAGCUGGUAUUGCUCGCCCAGUCGAAGCGAGACUACUUCAGCUACUUCCAAGGAGAUCUGACGUAUUUGAUGGCCAUGCAUGGUCUUCCGGCAGCAGGCAUGCUCGCCAUCGAGCUCUUAAAGCAAGAACAAUCUCGCCUCUACACCCCUGAUAUCCUCCCACGCUCCGAGACGAUUCAGGAUCUGAGCGUCUUCAUAUCCGCUCUUGCCACCGUUGGACCCGGCGAGGGCAACUUUUUCAUUUGCAAUCAGGGUCGGAGGGCGUUGAAGCGGGUCUUGGACCAGAUCCUGUCGCCGAAUCCUGUCGUUGGUGCUCUGCCGGGCUCGGACUCUUCGACUAUGCCGCUGGAUGAUAUGGGCUUGUACUUCCCGACUGGCAAUGAUGUGGAUUUCUUGUCGUGGUUGGAAAAUGUGGAGUGGGAUAAGCCCGGGGUGUGGUUGGGUGCGCCGUCGGCGUCACAAGAGGCGCCGCAGUGA